GUUUGCUUGGGUCGGAAGUCGUAAUCAUUGAAAGUAAAUGGCCGGAAACCAACCCAAACUAGAGGAUAAGUUGGAGAAAUACUGGAGAAGGCUAUUUUAUCUGCAGCCAUUAGCAGAAAGCACUUCCUUGGAUCUAUCUGAGUUGGAGUACUUUGGAGUCUUUAGCGUUAAAGAUCCCCAGGCCACAGAUCGGAAAUUAUGGUACAUUUAUUGCUGCUUUCAACCGGAAAUUGCAGAGGUUGUGGAAAAGGUGCGGCAGAAAUAUGGCAAAAAGAACGUGCACGAAGUAUAUCGGAAACCCACAUUCAGUGGAGUUGGGUUCCGUAGGACCGUAAGAGAUUAUUUUUCGCACUUAAAAUGGAUUACUAAAGGACAUCUCCUAGAAGCCCCUGCAAAUAGCUACUAUAACGACGUGAGAAUUGUCAAAACAGUUGCUGAAUUGCAUGACAAAGAGCAGAGAAGGCUUUUUGACUGUAUAAUGGAACAACAUAAUUGGUUUAAGAAGUACAAUGAUCAAAAGCCACCCUCUCCACGACAUUAAUAAUGUAAAUAAAUAAAUGUAAUGAAUUUUUA